AUGACAAUUACACUCCCGCCCCAAGCUACGCCCACGGCUGCGGCCCUCGUCGCCCGCGCAACCAACGGCUAUCCGCUCCUCAUCACCAGCUUCCCGUCCAUCCCACUCACCACCACCUUCACCCCGCCCGACGGCGACUGCGGCGGUAUUUACCUCCCCGAGACCCCGCGCAUCUACGUUGUCGACGACAAGCCCUCCUGCCUCCCACCACGCUUCUCAACCUCCGACGCGUCCUUCUACUACUCCCCCGGGAUCGCCUGCCCGUCCGGGUACUGGACCGCCUGUCACGACACCGCGGGGGUAUCUACCAUCACUACCGUCACCUGCUGCCCGACCAUCGGCAGCGACAUCUCACUAUCAUGUGUGCCGUCGCCGCAGAUUCUGAGCGAUAUGUGGGAGACGCUGUAUUGCACAUGGAUCGCACCGAGCGGGGAUGGCACCCAGAUUCCCGUGACCUUUUCCGACAAUGGGGGGCGCACGUCGACGGUGCUGCAGUCGGUUGCCUCGCCGGGCGGUGUGAAUGCGUAUGGUGUGCGCAUGGUACAUGAGGCGAGCGAUUUAUCCAAGUCAACAACAACAUCCGCGACGACAACAUCAGAGCCCACGACGUCCACAGGAGCAGGCGGCGCCGGCAGAACCACAAAUUCAGCAGCAACAGACACAGCCGCCGUCCCGGCCACCACGGACGGAGCCACGACAUCCGGUGGUGGUGGUCUCUCCACAGGCGCCAUCGCAGCAAUUGCGGCCGUCGUACCCCUCGUCGUGAUCGGUGCUGCGGUGCUCGGGUUUUUCGCCUGGAAACGCAAGCGAAAGAACCGCCAACUCCAACCAGAAGAACUGGACUCGCAAAGCCCCCCGCACGACCGUCACCACCACACAUCCUACCCAGCCUCCUACCCUCCCCCGUCCUCUGCUACCGGACUACACUCCGCCCUCCCACAAUCGGCUGCGCCCGCGUACGAUUACCCCGCAGGAGCUGGUGCGAAUGUGCACAGCAACGGACCGGGAGUCGAGCCUAAAUAUCCGGACUAUUAUUAUUAUGGAAGUGGGGGACCGCCGCCGACUGAAAUGGAUGGGGAGUCGAGGUUGGCGGAGAUGCCAAGUGGGAUGCCGGCAGCAGAAUUGCAGGGGCACGGCGUCGGAGGGGGAGGGUGGGUGACAAGGAGAUGA